GCUGGCAUGCGUCAGGCUCCUGAAGGACAUGAGCGCUGUGUCGGCAGUGAUGGGGCCCCGGGGCCGCUGCAGGGGACAUGGGCACAUGCCACGCCACUGAAAGCCACCAGGGUUCGGUCUUCACGGCAGCGCGCAGCAGAACAUCGGCUUGCAGGCUCUCGGCCGGCGCUCCAGGUCGCUGUGUCUGAUGAAGAUGUCUGAUUCUGUCGGAGAGGACGAACGCCAGCUCAACACGCCACAGAGCCGCAUGCACGAGGAGAACUGCAGCGACGACACGACGGAGACGAAGCGGCAAACACUCGGACCGGGCGAUGAAAGACCCAAGUCGAACGCAAAGGUAAAGUUAGUUCGGAGCCUGGCCGUUUGUGAAGAUCCCUGUCCUUCCACGAUUACCACACAGCUGCCUCAAGAUCAGCAGGAUGGAGAUCAUAUUAAACUCUCGCAGACGUUUGAUAAAGAAGAAUGGCCUCUUACUGCAGACGCGGAUGAAGCAGACAGAAGUGCGGAGAAAGUGCCACGCAAGAUGCUGUCCAGAGAUUCCAGUCAGGAAUACACGGACUCGACUGGCAUCGACCUGCACAGGUUCCUGGUGAACACGCUGAAGAACAUCCCCAGGGACCGAAUGAUGCUGCUGAAGCUGGAGCAGGACAUCCUCGACUUCAUCAGUAAUAACGAGUAA